AUGGCGGCGACAGAUGUGACGGAGCCGGCAGCAGCAGGGCGCGACAGCGCGACAGCUCCCCCUUCCUUGGUUCUGGCUCGCAUCUUCUCUUUGGGCUCCCUCAACAACGGCGACGAUGAUGCGAUAGCGGCAGUGAGUUCCCACGUUGCCAGUGCGGUCUCGCUCCCCCUACUCUUCUCUUCUUCUUCCUCGGGUGGGGCCCUUUUUCUGGGUUGGGAAUUCGAAGAAGCAGAAGAGAAAGAGAAAAGCAAAACACAGAAGGAAAGCGAGAGAAAGAGAAAGAGGAAGGAGUUGGCAGAGUUGACAGAUUAUGACGGCGGCGACGAGCUCAGAAAAUGGAAGGAGAGAGAGGAUGGGUUAGUGGUGGUGGUGGCAUUGGUGAGGAAAAAUGAGAACAUUGAGAGAGAGAGAGGAGAGGGGGGGAGGAGAGGAGAUGAUAGUGGUAGUGGUGGAGAGAAGAAUAUGUCAGCGUUUUCAACUUUUGUGGGUACAAAUGAUAGUUUACUCUAUCGUUUAUAUGUUCAAACGGGAUACAUAUCACCAUACAUGGGAGAGUUAGGAUUUAGUAAUUGGAAGAAAGUAAACAAUGGAGUGAAUUGUGCAUUUGUAUGUCACGAGGGUUCUAUUCUUAAUUCUCCCCAUAAUUUAUGUGUGAAAUCUUGUGAUGAUUUAAUGGCUCAAUCUAAGCAUAUAGACAAAGUUCUUGAUAGGCAUAGUGAUGAAACUAUUGCAAAUAACCACUUAAGAUUGAAGACAUCUAUUGAUGCUAUUCGAUGGCUUACAUUUCAAGCAUGUGCAUUUAGAGGCGAUGAUGAAAGUCCUGAAUUUUUGAAUAGGGAAAAUUUUAUUGAGUUAAUUAAGCUUUUGGCUUCCUGUAAUCAGAAUGUUAAUAAUGUUGUUCUUAAAAAUACUCCUGAAAAUGCUCAAUAUAUAUCUCCCGGUGUUCAAAAAGAUAUAUUACAUAUCUUUGCUAGAAAAGUGCGUGCAACAAUUCGAGAAGAAAUUGGUGAUUCUAAAUUUUGUAUAAUUAUUGAUGAAGCAAGAGAUGAGUCAAAGCGAGAACAAAUGUAUGUGGUUUUGAGAUUUGUAGACAAGCACGGUUGUGUUCAAGAAAGAUAUUUUGAUCUUAUACAUGAACAAGGUUAUGAUGGACCUAGUAAUAUGCGUGGUGAAUGGAAUGGAUUGCAAGCUCUAUUUUUGAAAGAUUGCCCUUUUGCUUAUUACAUUCACUGUCUUGCUCAUCGAUUACAAUUAACACUUGUUUCUGCAGCCAAAGAAUUAAGGGUUGUUCAAGCAAAUAAUGUUGCAAACUUAAUUGCCGAUGAUCAACUUGUGACAGGUAGUGGACUUAAUCAAAUUGGUACUUUACAAAGAGUUGGAGAUACUAGAUGGGAGUCUCAUUCGAAUUCUGUACGUAGCUUGCUAUACAUGUUUGAUGCUACUUGUGAAGUUCUUGAAAAAAGCACUGAAGAAGGUAAUUUCUCCACUCGUGGUGAUGGUAAUGCUGCUUAUGAUGCUAUCACAUUCUUUGAAUUUGUCUUUGUUUUGCAUUUGAUGAGAAAUAUUUUAGAAGUUAGUCAUGAUCUUUGUCAAGCUUUGCAACGAAAAAAUCAAGACAUAUUGAAUGCUUUAACUCUGGUUUCUACUACCAAGACUUUAAUCCAACGAAUGAGAGAAUCAAGUUGGGAGGCUUUCAUAAAAGAAGUUAUAUUGUUUUGUGAGAAACAUGAAGUUGAAGUUCCUGAUAUGAAUGCAUUGCAUAUUCUAUUGCAAGAGCUUAAUGAAAGAUUCAAUGAUAAUAUGGUGGAAUUACUUACUUUAAGUUCAACUUUAGAUCCCAGAGAUAAUUAUAAGUUCUCCAGUGUCAACAAAGUAUGUGAAUUAGUAGAACGAUUUUAUCCAGGUGACUUCAGUGACCAAGAGAAAUUUCACAUUAGAAUGCAAGCUCAAUAUUAUGAACUUGAUGUUCCUAAUCAUGUUGAGUUAACUAAUUUGUGCACAAUUUCGGAGUUAUGUCAAGGAUUAACGAAGACAGGAAAGUCUUUAACAUAUCCUUUGAUUGAUCGUUUGAUUCGCUUGGUAUUAAUUCUCCCUGUUUCAACUGCUACAACUGAGAGAUCUUUUUCAGCUAUGAAUAUUGUGAAGAAUAGACUCAGAAAUAAAAUGGAAGAUGAAUUUCUUACUAAUUGUCUUUUGAUUUACAUUGAGAAGAAGAUUGCUGAAAGAUUUGACACCGAUUUUAUUAUCAAUGAAUUUUAUGAUAUGAAGAAUCGACGUGUACCACUUCGUUAG